AUGGCUAAAAGUCCGAAAAAGGGAAUAUCAAGUCCCUCUAAAAAUUAUAAAUCAACAACAACUACAACUAUUGUAUCACCACCAAAGAAAACAUCAUCUUCCGCACCUCCAUCUUCGUAUGCAGGUAAAAAUCUAAAAUCAUAUCAACAUCAUAAUUUCAAUAACAACAGUACAAAACUACGCCGGUUUAGUAUAGCUGAUUCAACCUCAUCUUCAUCUUCAUCCGAUUCAGACCGGAAAUAUGCUGCCGUGGGUCAUAAAAUGUAUACUAUAGAUUCUUCAGGUUCAGAAUCGGAAUUAUCAGCAGUAUCUGAAAAUGAUGAAGAUAAAUAUUCAAAACAAUUUGAAAAAUCAAUCUUAUAUGGUUCUAAUAAAAAUGGUAGAAAAACAAUUGGGAAGAAAUUGAAACACUCGAAUAGUUAUUCAAAGAAGAGAACACCGAAGAAAACGGUUGAUUGGAGUGCAUAUCAGGAUUCGAUUGAAGAUGAAUAUUCCGAUGAAGAUCUUCUUCAUAGUCAACAAGGAGAUGGAGAAGACGAGGAUGAUGAAGAAGAGGAUGAUGACGAGGAGGCGGUAGAUCAUAGUCUUGAUAAUCUUUAUUCAAUGAUGCAUAAACGUAGAAAGAGUACCCGAGUAGAUGGAGAGGAAGAAGAAGAUGACGAUGAGGAAGAAGAAGAUUCAGAAGCAUAUUCAUCUUCAGAUGAUGAUUCAGAAGUUGAUUUUGUUAAAUUACAAGCUGAGCGUAAAGCAAAAUCAAUGAAGGCAGUUCGUGCCUUAAAGGGAUUAAAGAAAAAUUCAUCCGAUAACCAUGAUCAAGCUAUUCAUUCAUCUUCUGAAGAAGAAGAUGAUGAUGAUGAACAAUCGAUUGAAGAAGAGAAAUUCUCCAAGAAAGCUCAUAGGAAAAGUUCAUUUAAAUUUGGUGCCAGACGUUCUGAUGCAGUCUUACCCGAAGAUAUAAAUUUCACAUUUGAGUUUGGUGAUACUGGAAAAGGAUUUGAUAGUUCUUCCGACAUUGAAGGAGAUUCAUCAAUCCCGGAACCACAACUUGAAGAAGAAGAUAUUGGAGAAGAAGUCGAUUAUACCCCAAUCAUCCCAACUGAUGAUGCAUCAUCAAACCUAAAUAAUAAUUUUGAUUUCGAUUUUGAUAAUCAAUUAAUUCAAGUUCCGAAAAUAAAUGAAGAAGAAAUUAAUUCUGAUGAAGAUUAUGAAAUUGAUGAUAAUGAAUUAUUAGCUACUUUACAAGCUGAGAAUGAUAUUGAUGAAUUUGUCAAUUCUGCUGAUCAACCCAAUAAUAAUCGAUUUAAUAGUCUAUCGAGAAGUAAUUCUGUUGUUUCGAGUAUUGGAGAUGAUGAUGAAGAGGAAUUCUUAAAGGAGGAAGAAAAAUUCUUAGUUAAUGAAUUUGAAAAUAAUGGAUUUGAUGAGGAUGGUGAUGAUGAAUUUAAUAUUACUUUCGAUAGUGAUAGUUCUAAUCGAAGAUUAAUUAAUUCAUUUAAGGGUAUCGGAGAAGAUCGAAGUAAACCAAUUAUUCAAUAUGAAAGUAGUGUAGAUGCAGAUGAAGAUGAGGAUGAAGAUCAAGAAGAUGAAGAUGAAGAUGAUUUUAUUGAUUUUGAUGUGCCUUUAUUUGAUAGAUCCGAUGAUGAUGAACAACAUAUAGUUGCCAAACGAUCAAUUAUUGCUUCCUCAAGUCAUAAGAAGUUGAAUAAGAAGAAACAACCAGUAUCUAAUAGUGAUGAAGAUGAUGAUUCAUAUCUUUGGAAUUAUUUCUUUAGUUCGGAUAAUAAUUCAAGUUCAAGUGAUAUUGAACUUGAUGAUGAUGAUCAUACCAAUCUUCAAGAACUCUUUAAGGAAAUUGAUAAUGAUAAAACUUUCAAAUCUAAAAAAAUCAUCAAAGAAAAUAAUAUCGAUUAUCUGGACAUGGAAGAAGAUGAAAUAGAUGAUGAAGAUGAUGAAGGAUAUGAUAGUGGAGAAUCAACCGAUGUUGAUGAGUCCCUCCCUAAAUCAUCAUCAAAUAGUCAAGUGGGGUCCAAGAUGGCUAAAGAAGUCUUAUCGUCCAAAACCGCCGAUUAUAGACCUCCAGUACUUGGAUCUUGGGUCACGAUUGAUAGCAAACCAUUUGGAAUCAUUGAUGGAAUGCUGACUAGGAGUUUAAACCUCACCAAUAAAUCAAAUGAACCUCGCACUGCCGUACCAACCACCAAUCCAACCACUAACGCCAUCACUCCAAAUAAGAAACUCCUCCUCCAACAAUCACAACAUCCACAAAGACCUUCCACCCCAUCGGGGAUCGAUGACGCAUUAGGACUUGAUGAAUUGUUGAAUAUUAGUGAACUCGACGAUGACGAUGAAAAUGAUGUUCGAAUCUGGCGCGAUUUCCAAAAACGAAAACCAGUAGUUCCAUUAGGGGCAUUCAGGAAUAAAUCAAUCCUACUCCAAAACACCACCAAUAAUAACAACAAUCAUCAUCCAUUGAUACACCAUGAGGUGGCACAACCGUUCAAUGGAUCGAAUUCGAGGAGAUUUUCAAGUAGUGGUGGGAGUGGCGGGAUUAAGAAAUCGAGAUCGAAGGAUGCGGAAUCGAAAUUGAAGAGAAGGAGGGCUAGUAUUAUCGAAGCGGUAGCUGAGGGGUUUAGACCGACUAAGUCGGGGUUGUUUAGUGAGAAUGCGUUGGCUGAUGUUGAGGAGUUAUUGGGGGAGGAUCAUGAUUUGAUGACUCUUAUUAAAGGGUUGUAA